GCAAAGGAUAUGCUUCUUUUUGGACCGUACCGAUGAGUCAUCGCUUACACGUGUACGGCAAAGGCCUGGAGUUGUCCGCUUCGAGAUACAAGUAUCUUUCCACCCCACCCCCCACAACAGUUAUCUGGCAAAAAGCUCUGGCUCUCUCUCUCUCUCCCAACUAUAACAUGGAAGCCAAGCUUAAGUCUGUUACAGCGACGCUGUUUCUUUGUUUCCUCCUGUUUCCCUUGGUUUUUUCUGCAUCCAAUGAUGGAUUGCUCCGGGUUGGACUGAAAAAGAGGAAGUUUGAUCAGAAUAACCGGGUUGCUGCUAACCUUCAAUCCAAGAAUGGAGAUGCUGUGAGAGCUGUUAUCCGGAAAUAUAAUCUUCGUGGAACUCUGGGAGAUGAUCAGGACAUUGAUAUUGUAUCUCUCAAGAAUUACAUGGACGCUCAGUACUUUGGGGAGAUUGGUAUUGGUACUCCCCCUCAGAAGUUCACUGUGAUCUUUGACACUGGUAGCUCGAAUUUGUGGGUGCCUUCUUCCAAGUGUUAUUUCUCGAUUGCAUGCUAUCUACAUCCAAAGUACAAGUCGAGCAGUUCAACCACCUACAGCAAAAAUGGUAAACCUGCAGCAAUCCAAUAUGGAACUGGUGCAAUCUCUGGCUUCUUCAGUGAAGACCAUGUUACAGUUGGUGACCUCGUGGUGAAAGAUCAGGAAUUUAUUGAGGCAACCAAGGAGCCCGGCAUCACAUUCUUGGUAGCCAAAUUUGAUGGAAUACUUGGCCUUGGAUUUCAAGAAAUUUCAGUUGGAAAUGCUGUUCCUGUGUGGUAUAACAUGGUCAAGCAGGGUCUUCUUAAGGAACCUGUUUUCUCAUUCUGGUUUAACCGCAAUGCUGACGAAGAAGUAGGAGGUGAAAUUGUUUUUGGUGGAGUGGAUCCUGAUCAUUAUGUCGGAGAGCACACAUAUGUUCCUGUUACACAGAAAGGCUAUUGGCAGUUUGACAUGGGUGAUGUUUUGAUUGAUGGUCAAACAACUGGAUUUUGUGCCGGAGGCUGUUCAGCGAUUGCUGAUUCUGGAACAUCUCUGUUGGUUGGCCCAACGACAAUUAUUACUGAACUCAACCAUGCCAUUGGAGCCACCGGGAUUGUAAGUCAAGAAUGCAAGACUGUAGUUGCAGAAUAUGGAGAUACCAUAAUUAAGAUGAUUUUGGCAAAGGACCAACCACAGAAAAUCUGCUCUCAGAUUGGGUUAUGCACAUUUGAUGGGACUCGCGGUGUAAGUGUUGGAAUCAAGAGUGUUGUGGACGAGGACAAUCACAAGUCAUCUGCUGGCUUAUCUGAUGCAAUGUGUUCUGCUUGUGAGAUGACUGUUGUAUGGAUGCAAAAUCAGAUCAAGCAGAAUCAAACACAGGAUCGCAUACUUGACUAUGUGAAUCAGCUCUGUGAUCGGCUGCCUAGCCCAAUGGGAGAAUCUGCUGUUGAUUGUGCCGGUUUGUCUUCCAUGCCUAAUGUGUCCUUCACAAUUGGUGGAAAACAAUUUGAUCUAGCCCCUGAGCAGUACGUGCUCAAAGUAGGCGAGGGAGAGGUAGCACAAUGCAUCAGUGGAUUUACUGCUUUGGAUGUCCCACCUCCUCGUGGACCACUCUGGAUUCUGGGAGAUGUGUUCAUGGGUCAGUUCCACACUGUGUUUGACUACGGCAAUGAGAGAAUUGGAUUUGCAGAAGCUGCAUAGAUAAAGCUUAGCUUCUAUAGUUAUAGUUCAGCUUGUCGCUCUGUCGUGCCCCUUUUAUAAUGGCCGCUACUAUGUUUUCGAGUUUGUGAAAAGAUAAAAAAGAAAAAAACACUUGUCUAGUACUGGAAGCAACGGUAGUGAAUGGUGUUUUCAUGUAAAUAUUAAUCCAUCCGUCUGGCUGUUGAAUAUUGUCUGAAAACUGCACUUGAAUUAAGAAAAUGGAACUUUUGAGACCA